GGCUGAGGAACAGAGUCAGUGCAGUCAGUUUCAGGGAGAGCUCAAGGUACCAAGCCUCCAGGACGCUGAGGGCGCUGAUUGGCUGAGGCCCUGGUGGGCUUCCGACCCCGGACUUGGUGUCACGUCUACAGACAGUAAACCAGGGCUUGGUUCUCCAAUCUCCUCACCUGGGACUCGCGGUGGCCUGGUACCUUGCCAGGCUGCACCUCUGAAGUGGGCUCUUUAGUCUUGGAGUUUCUAGAUCUUCUCACACCCACCAUGAAUAUCUCUCAUUUCAUGGCCUCCCUCUUCCCAGGAUCCCUACAGGGUAAGAAUGGGACCAACCCACUGGAUUCCCUCUAUAAUUUCUCUGAUGGCUGUCAAGACUCGGCAGACGUGUUAGCCUUCAUCAUCAUCACCUACAGCAUUGAGACUAUCUUGGGGGUCCUGGGAAACCUCUGCUUGAUAUUUGUGACCACAAGGCAAAAAGAAAAGUCCAAUGUGACCAAUCUACUCAUUGCCAACCUGGCUUUCUCUGACUUCCUCAUGUGCCUCAUCUGCCAGCCACUCACGGUCACCUACACCAUCAUGGACUACUGGGUCUUUGGUGAAGUCCUUUGCAAGAUGUUAACUUUCAUCCAGUGUAUGUCGGUGACAGUCUCCAUCCUCUCACUGGUCCUUGUGGCCCUGGAGAGGCACCAGCUCAUUAUCAAUCCAACAGGCUGGAAACCCAGUAUUUUCCAGGCCUACCUGGGGAUUGGGGUCAUCUGGUUCAUCUCUUGUUUCCUCUCCUUGCCUUUCCUGGCCAAUAGCAUCCUGAACGAACUCUUCCACCACAACCACUCUAGGGUUGUAGAGUUUCUGGAAGACAAGGUUGUCUGCUUUGUGUCCUGGUCCUCAGAUCACCACCGUCUCAUCUAUACCACCUUUCUGCUGCUCUUUCAGUACUGCGUCCCUCUGGCCUUCAUCCUGGUCUGCUACGUACGCAUCUACCAGCGCCUGCGGAGGCAGAGGCGUGUGUUCCAAGGGCACACUUGCAGCUCACGAGUGGGGCAGAUGAAGCGGAUCAAUGGCAUGCUCAUGGCAAUGGUGACUGCCUUUGCAGUUCUCUGGCUGCCUCUGCAUGUGUUCAAUACUCUGGAGGACUGGUACCAGGAAGCCAUCCCCGCUUGCCAUGGUAACCUCAUCUUCUUGAUAUGCCACCUAUUUGCCAUGGCUUCCACCUGUGUCAACCCUUUCAUCUACGGCUUUCUCAACUUCAACUUCAAGAAGGAUAUCAAGGCUCUGGUGCUGACCUGCCAUUGCAGCUCACCUCGAGGGGAAUCCGAACAUCUGCCCCUGUCCACCGUGCACACAGACAUCUCCAAGGGAUCUACGAGGAUGGGUAGCAAGUCUAACUUCAUAUAGUCGUGACUGGGCUUUUCCCUACCAUUUUCUUUUGACAAACCCUUUCAUUUAACUAAGUAGACACAUUGUGAGCUGCAAUAGCAUCGUAUCAUUUCUGGCUUCUGGGGCCCAGAUAGGCUGGGAAGAAACUUGAAGCUUGGCAUUCAGCUGGUUUAGCUAUUUGCUUCUGGGAGAAUUCUGAGUAAUGAUUCUGCAGAUGACAGAGGGAACUUUGUGGCUUGAGCUGCAAGGGUGUUAGAGCCAGAAAUGGCUGACUCUUGCAGUCAGUCAGCACAGAUGCCUGGCCCCAAAGCCUUCAUCCAUGUCCUGACCAUUUAGCUAAUUUGCCCUUGGUGAUGUGCUCUGCUCUUUCAAGGGAUGUUGAGUGUUUCGGUAUGGGUUGGGUGUUGGUAGGAGCAGGUGCUGGGAGUUAGGAGUCUGCUUAAUAGAGUACUUGCUGAAAAGAAUGGGCAAUAGGAAUAGUAUGAUAAAUGUGGCUGUCUUACCUAUGGAGGUCAAAGUUCAGUGCCCCUCCUGGCUGCGGAAUGGGGUCCAAGGCAUCCUCAGUGUGUGGACUAGACAGCUUGUCCUUAGAAAGAUUUGCCAAGAUUGCUUUUGGUCCACAUAAGAUAGGAUAUUGCAGUCCAGUUCUGACUGACUAGAGCAAUCUUCCAAUACAGUGAACCACUAGUCCCAUGGGAGACUUAUCUCCACACUGAACAGGUCUGAUGGGCUUCCUGGUUCUGGUCCCUUACCCAGCAUGUGUGAGACUGAUGUCCUGGGCAGGUGCUUUGGAGCCACGACUUCUUUCUACCUGUCUCAGCUUUUGGCUGCAUCUCCAGUCUAGCGUUUUUUUUGUUCCUGGAUUUGAGACAAUUUCUUUUCUUUUGAAAUGGGGUCUUACUGUGUAGACAGGCUUGUCUAGUGCUCCUGCCAAGCCCCCUUCUGAGCACUGAUUAAGGCAUAAGCCAUCACACAUGAUGAAAGAUGGACUUUUAAAGCACUCUUGUUAUCUGGUAUAGACUACUAUACCAGACUGACUACUUCAUAUGAUCAACUCUGAGCAAAACCCAGACUCUCAGACCCACCCUGGCAAGAUGACAUUAUCUGAACUAACAAAGACCUGGGGCCUCAGACUUCUCUUCUUCUCAGAAGCUCUGGAAUAUAAGCUUUUACUAAUUAGGCUUAAUGAGGCCAGGUUGCCAGUGGUCCAGAUGAGAUAUUUAGUGAAGGUGUUAGGAAUCAGGGUGUGAUAUAGAAGCUUCACUGAGCAUCUUCUGUUUUCCUCCCCGCUUAGUUAGGAUGAUAUUAGCCUACCUGGAUGGUUGUUUCCUGAUCCUGGUGUCAUGGUGUCCUGGUGUCUAAUGGCCCUUGAGAUUUCUUCGUUACCAGCUUCUUUGAUGUUUACUAUCCUAAGUAUGGUCUGAAGACCAGCAGCCCUCGAAACUGGAGGAUGUUAGAUCUACAGAGUCUUUGUUGUCCCCACAGAUAUGCUGAAUACAAAUCUGCAUUUGGUGAAAAUAUGUAGGUUAAUUGUAGGCACACUGAUAUCAAGAAGCUUUGCUUUAGGAAACAGAAACCCUGGGGCUUGGGGUUAUGGUGUGAGAGCGGGCAGACGUGCACUCUGGGGUCUGGAGUAGAUCCAUGUUCUGAGCAUGUCUUUAAACUUUGAAGUGCUGGAAAGGUAUGCUCUGUUUUGGCUGUCAUUUCUCUGGAUGCAUGUGGACAUAUUUCUCAUGAAGCUUUUUUAUUAUUUCAAUAAAUACUUGCCAAAUACAUUGCUUGUAAAAUUCCAUCCACAGGGAGCCUGCCCUUUGUAUUCUGCUGUGUUUCACUUAAAACCGUACCGUUAACAGUUUUCCAUCAGUUUCCACGGCUGUUCCAGUAAAAGCUGGGACCUCCCAGUAUUUCUAUGUAACUCCUUACAGGUCUGCUGGGGAGAGCUGCUAUGUAGAAGUUAGUAGCUGCUCCCUAUGUAGGAGUGAUAGGGUUGGAGCUGGAGACAUAUUCCUGCAAACAAGGCCUGGGAUUUCUGAGACUAUAUAUUAAGCCUUAUCAAACCAUGACAGCAAGAGCUCAACCCUGUUUAACUCUGGCCCUUUCCUCUUAAAUAAACAAUCUUGACUUGCCUUUUCCAUUGUAAAAGUAAUCAUGUUGUAAAAUAAACUGAAAACAAAGGAAAUUGUCAUUUUGGAACUCAUUUUUAGUUAGUAUAUGCAUAUGUCUGUUUUGAAAAUGUGAUUGAAAUUAAAUAGUGUAUGUAUUU